AUGAUAUCAUCAAUAGAAACUAUACCUUCUACUCCACCAACAGAUCCAGGUUCUAAAAGACGUGUACUUUCUCCUUGUAUAUCAAAGGGAGAUUCUUCACCAAAUAUAAAUAAGAAUUCAGAUAGAAACAUAUAUGCUAGUAAUAUUUAUGAAUUAUAUAUUUAUUCUUCAAUUCAUGGCUGUAUUGAUCAAAUAAUACCAACAAGUUACAAGUUCUUUGAAGUAUCAAUUGGUUUGUCACCAAAAUCUUUGGGUUUAAUGUCAUUUGUGCAAAAAUUUACUCAAGGUUUCUUUACUCUGUUUAGUGGUAUAAUUUGUGAUAAAGAAAUAACAAAGGCUAGAAAUUUAAGUAAAGUGAAUACAGAUUUUGAGUCAUUAAUAAGAUCACCUGUUAAUACUACUUAUAAUAACUUAGAAUAUAUUGACAGUAAUAUAAAUCUCUAUAAAGAAACUAGGAGCCUUUGGCCAAGCUACUUCAUGAUUAUAACAAGUAUUGGAUGGGGAUCUAUAAUGAUAGGAAUGAUAUUUGCAUCUACACUACCAGAAAUGUGUGUUUUGUUGUUUUGUCUUGGUAUGUUCAUGUCCUUAAUGGGACCUCUUACCCAAUCAAUAAUUGGUACAUUCGGUAGUCUAAAUAGAGGUAGAUACUUUGGUAAUUUGUUCUUGUCACAAAAUAUUGGAAGAAUAUCUUGUCUAUUUAUAACUGCCAAUUUACUUGGUGAUUAUUUCACUUAUAGGCUUGCAAUGCUACUUUUUGCAAUGAUUUCAUUUUCAUUUGCCUUCUACAUAUAUAUAUAUGAUAUUUACUACUCUACCUAUUAUAAUAAUAUAUUAGCAAAUAAAUGUGCAUUAAGAACAAUAAAAAUUAGUGAGGAUAUUGGAAUAUAUAAUUUACUAAAUUUUCUUCAAUUGCACUUUAUAAACAUCACUUAUAUAAAAGAGUCACUUAUAGAAUAUUCAUAUAUAAUAUACAAUAAGAGCGCAUGGCUUAUGUUGAUUAUAAGUAUAGUUAAUGGAAUACCUAAACAUUCUUUAAACUUUACUAUGAUGUGGUUACAAUAUUGUGGUUUGUCAUCUUUGAUGUCUACAAUUGUCUACUCAUCAAGCUGGAUUGCAGCUAUUAUCAUAUCCCCUAUAGUUGGUAAAGUUGCUGACUAUACUGAGUUUCUAUCUCCAAAAUAUGGUAGACAAUUUAUGGCACAAUUAGCAAUAUUUUUACGUAUUAUACUAAUGGUAAUCUUAUUACUUUUUAUUCCCUGGGGGAGAAACUCCUUUAUAUAUUAUAUGAUUAUUAGUAUAUUAAUUGGAUUUAUGGCUGGAUGGCCAGGUGUCGGUGCUAGUAGACCUAUACUAUGCGAAAUAGUUAAACCUCAACAUCGUGGUACUUUUUUUGCUGUAUUUUCUUUAUUUGAAACUAUUGGUUCAGCACUAUUUGGAGCUCCUUUUGUUGGAAUUUUAGCCCAAAAUUAUUUUGGCUAUAUAUCUUUUCAAAAAAAUGAUACUCAAAGUAUUAUAAAUAUUAGUAAUGAUAAUCUUAAAGAUAUUUACCUUCUUCAGAACAAUGCACAAGCUCUUGCAAAAUCAAUGUUAUGUAUGACAGUUGGACCAUGGUUAAUAGCAAUUCUCCUCUUUGGUUUACUACACUGCACCUAUUCCAAUGACCAAAAUAUUACAAAGGAUACUAAAGUUACUAGUGAUGAUUAA